AUGCCCAAGAAAACCACUCUCACAGAUAUACAAAAACGUGAACUCUGUGAAUAUGCUCGUGAUAAUAAAAUGAAAAGAUCACAAUAUGUUGAUUGGAUUGAGAAAAAAUGGGGCAUUAGAGUCGAUGAAAGUACUAUUUCACGUAUUUUGAAAACAGGAGAAGAACGUCUUAAUUCUGAAUUACUUGCUGAAGGUCUGGAAAUUCCUCAAGGGGCAUUGCAGUUUUUCAAUAGUUGGCUCGAGAAAUUUAAAGAUCGAAAUGGAAUUCGUCAACAUCAUUUGGAAGGAGAAGCUGAAUCUGCCGAUGAAAUAGCUAUUAGCAAUACUUUACCAAUGCUCAAAGACAAAUGCUCAAACUAUCCU